UCAGUCAUUGUCGAUUCUUGGACUAGAAAACGUUUUGUUACGGAAUAUUAUUAUGUUCUUAGUUAUAGCUUGUCUAGUUAUUCUUGCAUUUGUUUGUUCUAAAUUGUUUAAGGGAUCAAAUGUAUUUAAAUAUUACUUUAAAUACACAGUUUAUUGUAUUUUGUCAACAAUCUGUGCUAUUAUAUGUUUCCCGUUUUUACUUGCGAGGGCUAGGAAUGUUCAAAAUUUAAUAACGGCUAGCAAAGUUUUUAGACUAAUCUCACCUGUAUUAGGUUUGGAAUUUGAAUUUCGUGGAAUGGAGCAUCUAAAGAAGGGCUACACUUGUGUUAUAGUCGCAAACCACCAAAGCAGCAUUGACAUUUUGUGCAUGUAUGAACUAUGGCCAAUUAUGGGUAAAACAACAGUUAUUGCAAGAAUGCUUUUGCUAUUUGCUGGCCCAUUUGGACCUUGUGCAUGGCUGAGUGGAUUAGUUUUUAUCAAUAAGGAUUCUCCUGACAAAGGAAUUAGGAAGAUAAAUCAUGCAAUGGAAGAUUUAAAAAAGAAAAAUAUCAAGUUGUGGAUGUAUCCAGAAGGAUAUCGAAAUCAUUCAGGAAAUAUCGAUGAAUUCAAAAAAGGAGCUUUUAGAAUGGCUCAGCAAUCUCAAGUUCCAAUCGUUCCGGUUGUCAUCAGUUCCUAUAAUUUCUUCCUCAGACCGAAAGAUAAAGUUUUCAAUUCAGGAAAGAUUAUUAUAGAAGCACUUCAUGAAAUUCCAACAAAAGGUCUCAAAUCAACGGAUGUCAAUGCUUUGUUGAAUAAAACGAGAAAUGUCAUGAUUGAGAAAUUCAACACAUUGAAUUAUGAGAUUAAUAAUGAACAACAUAAGAAAAAAAAAUAAUUAAAUUAUU